AUGGGAGGACGCUACUUGUCUGUGGCUGAUGCUUUCGUGAUUCGUCGGAUACCAGCAACCCCAUCAUCUGCAAAUCCAUCUGCAUACCGUGCCCGCCUACGCAUUGCGAUCGCCGCCCCUGUAUCCAUAUUCCCCUCUUCCUCUUCCGUCGCCAUCACAAUCGAGUCUGCCGCUCGUGUGUCGGAUCUCGACUCGCCGACGAAAGCUGGUCGGUCUCCUGCGAACGCGAACGCGAACGAGCGAAAAAAUCUCCAAGGCGCCGACAGCUUCUCGUCUCUAGAAGAUGCAUGGGUUACAAUGACCAGUUCGCGCCCACGGUCUUCCUCAGCUCGUUCCAACAAUUCAGAUGUCAACAGACCAUCAGCCUCGCCUCGAAGAACCCCGGGUGGCCCUGGACUGACUGUCCCAGACGGUCAAGGGCAUGGCCUCUUCCUGAACGACGUUCCUGCAUAUAACCUUAGUAGCUCUUCAAAUCUGCUGGUUCCCAUCUACGGCACCGCGUCGCCCUAUCCAUCCAUCACCGCCUCGAGCUCGCCGUUGAGGCCAAGGUCACGAUCAGCUGCCGCAGAGCCAAUUCCCUCGCCGUUGUUUAGUCCAAACACUCCGUAUCAACCGUCGGCACUCCCAAUGUAUCAACCGGCUCAAGCUCAAAGAGUGGCAGAUGCCGCCGCACGGCAAUAUGUCGUUCCUCCGCCCCCGCCCAUGUCACCGCCUGCUCAUAUGGGCAUGUCUGGCAUGUCUGGCUUGUCAAUACCGCCGCCCCCACCCCGCCCCGUCACAAACCAUUCGCAUCAGCACCCAGGUGUUAUGGUACCGCCUCCUCCAGGUCCUCCCCCAGGAGGAUUACAAUCCAAUUGGCAAGGCAGCUGGGGGAGAUCUUACGAUUCGAGAGGCUUUCCUCUCCCACCUCCAAACCCGCCCUCAAAUACACAACAUCAAGCGUACAAUCCAGGCCAGUCUUAUGUUAAUCAUCACCCGCCGCCCCUGUCUAUACCUCCGCCUCCAGCUUCGGAACACCAGAUGUCGGCAACUUAUAUACCCCACGGUGAUUCUUUUGGGCCUGGUGUUGGCAUACCUGGUUUUGGUAGACAAGAGCCAAGCUUUAGCAGGGGAGAUAGUGCAGAAUUCUCUGCGGUGUCCGACAGCUCCAGAACAUCUAGGAAUACUAUGGAUACAAGCUUGACUACGCCCAUGGAUGAGCAAACCAGUUGGUAUAUUGACCGUGAGCGAGACAGACCGUAUCAGACGCCAUCAACUCGAUACCCCAACAUUCACCUACCGGAGUACAACUCCUCAGGCCCCCCAACUGCUACUAUACUUAAUCCUCAAAUAUCAAACAGGGGACUCCAUACAACUCCAAGUUUCAGUCAACACACAACCAGUAGCAAUUUUAACACCCCUGUUUCUCCCAAUGAUGCUGGCUCGCAAUGGCCCAUGGACCGUGUACUAUUGUGGUUAGCCAGUAACCAGUUUUCGGGUGACUGGCAAGAAACCUUCAAAGCGCUCAAUAUAUACGGUUCCGUGUUUUUGGAACUAGGUAGUGGCCAUGGAGGAAGGGGAAAUUUUGGCAUGAUGCACCAACAAGUCUACCCUCGACUGGCAAAAGAAUGUUCUAACAGCGGCACCGGCUGGGACCAGGCCAGAGAACGCGAAGAAGGAAAGAGAAUGCGCCGUUUGAUUCGCGGUAUCGUCACGGGUCGGGCAGCAGACUUUCCCAAGUCCGCCCAUGUCAGGCGAGAAUCUUCAACAGCGAACAUCCCAAGUGCUGGCACUGAGGGCACUCUUGAAUCUUCACCGAACCUCAGCAGAGAGAUACAUGUAUCGACCCCUAGCACUGCAAACCCUGAUGAUGAGAGUCCUGGAAAACAAACGUUUAAGAGCACGGUGCCGGGUGCUGCAGCACGAAAGGUUUCUAUUAGAAGUACAACUUUGCCUAUUUUACACAACAACAGCGGUGCUUUAGUGGAUUCCGAUCAUAACCAACAAAGCCGCGGUGCUCACCGGAACGCUCUACGCAAUAUUGAUGGAGAUGGUAGCAGAAGACAUAGCCCAAGUGCCAGCAGUGACGCCGGCGAAGGCCAUUUUAGGGGACCAGCCUUUCGAGUAGACGGUAGUCCCAAGAGCGAAAGCCCAGGAGGCACAUUUGCUACCCUGCACUCUGCAACUACCGGAAAUCUCCCUGCCUCCCCUCACAGCGCGAAGUUUGGCCACCGCGCUUGCAAUAGCACAGAGUCCAUAUCCUCAAAUGCUGCGAUAUAUGGUUCUGGUGUGCCCCCCGGUGCAAGUCAGGCUCUACGAGGUGGGAUGGGAGGAGUAGUCGGAGAAUUAAAUCUCGUUCGAAAUCAGGAUAACCGCCGACACGGUGUGGACAGCUCCCGGCCUUCCCCAUCGGAGCCGGGGGAUCGAUCUGCGUCUAUGGAUCCGCCCGGCUCUGCGAAAGAACCAAAAGGCCUUUUCAAACAUUUCAGAAAGAAGAAGAAGGAAGAUGGGGCGGCUCCAUCUCCAGAUGAGCCUAAUUUGGAGUCUCCUACAAGCCCAUCGCUAUCAUUCAAACCAUCCUCUUUUGGAUAUGGCAGAAUCAGCAACUCCAGCGAAACUUCUCUCAAUCGGCCUUCCUCAACCUUCUCGGCAUCUGAGCAUGACCAAUUUGUAGGCGGUUAUAAGGGUAGACGCAACAUUCCGGGUAGAACAUUCAUUCUUGCGACCUUGGAUGGAUGGAAUUAUCGCAUGUGCGAUGUGUCUGAAAUUGAUUCCCCUACUGAGCUUCGUAGUGCAAUAUGCGCCAACUUGGGCAUUUAUAAUAUCGAGUUCGCGCAGUUCUUUCUUACUGACCUCGGAAGACUUUCUGCAGGCCUAGACAUGAACUUUGGAAACCAGCUUGGUCUCUCGCCUAGCUUGCCUUUGACUACUCCGCUCGAUGAAGACGCUUAUGCUACUCUUAAUGGGACCAGAAGACGAUCGAGUUCUUCGCCGCCAGCCUCCCGACAAAAUACAAUCAAGGCUACCGCGCCAAUCGAUCGAGAUGCAUCAGCUAUGGACCAAUCCGACGCGCUACGAGAUAGACUGAAGCAUUUUAAAUAUCUUCAAGAGAGCGGCGAAAGCCAGCUCCCAGAGUCUGAGAGACAGGCGUUUAUGGAAUUGGCAGCUAGUGAACAUAGGGCGGAGAUGGAGCGAAAGCAGAAGGCGUACAUGGAACAAAAGAAGGCAAGCAAGCAGACGCAGCCAUCUGGUGAUGCUUCUUUUGGUAUCGUUGGUCGAAAUGUUGAUUUUGAUCAGCCACGAAACUCGCCUUUCGAGGGAGACAAGAAACACGAUAGUCUUUUCCCCCAAAGAAGACCUCCCCCGCCGCCAGCCGAAUCGGCAACGUUGAUCAAAGCCAACUCGUUAAGUAAGAAGACGGGCCAGCAAUCGCGCCUUUCUAUUACAAGUAUCGAUAGCAAUGGAAAUCGCUUCUCGGGAGGUGAACCUGCAGGCUGGACUCCACAAGACAUGUCUGAACAGGCUAGGCGGAAACCUGUUCCCAGCUCACCCCAGGCUAGUAGUGGUAUUGCUGCUGCACUUAUCGGCAUGGGCACUCGGCUAGGUGGGGUAGGCCAUCCAAGCCCAAACAAUCCCUCGGCCUCAUCGCCAAGUAAGAGAUCACCGCCGGUCAGCAAUGACCAAAAUGAGCGAGGAAGGAGUGCUAUGUCAACCGUGGACUUCGGGACUUCGGGUUCGGGUCGGAGUAGCCCAAGGUCGUCAAGCGGGACCCCGGGAAGCACAACAUGGGGAAAGGGAGACACACCUUUCAGUGUUCCAGAUUAUAGGGAGGAAGGAGGCGUCAGUACUGGGAGACGGGAACGCUCUUUAUCACUGAAGAUACCCGAGACCUCCUCAGUUGCCAAAAUCCGUGAGGGAGAUACACGACAAGCACCCUCCCCGUCUGAUCUCAGCCCGAAUAGUGCUCAUGCUAGUGCCGGUAUGAUGGUACCAGGAAACCGUAAGUCUUAUGGGCCCAAUCUUGAUUUCACAGAAUUCAACAUUGUUUUUGAGAACUCUCCCAAGCAAGAAGAGCAAAUGGACUCCGACGAUGACUCCGAUGAUGGCCUCUUCGCCGUGCCAAUAGCAUCUCGCAAACUAGCCAAGAAGUCAAGCAUGAGAGGGAAUCCCACAACUGAUUGGAAUGUCAAUGGCACCGAGCAACGGCCAACCUUGUCCAUUAGUACCAGGUCGAAGAAGACACUUUCAGUAUCGUUUUCCUCUCCACAACUAAAUAGCGCCGCAACUGCGAGCACUUCGAGAACACCCGAAUUUGAAGAUGAAAGUGCUCGAAGUGGUAAGCGGCCGCUACGACGCACUCCUGCUUCCGCUGAGGGUGGCUGGUCUGCGGAAUCCUCAGAGGACAUGAAUGCGAAACUUCUCCGGCGGGAAUCUUUCGCAAGGGAAGAUGUUUGGGCGAGUAGACCUCCUGCGGAAGCACUCAUCAACCACCUAGACGAUUUCUUUCCUAAUCUUGACCUGGAUCAGCCAGUUCUGGAGGAGGGCGCCAGCGGGUCGCCGCCUGUGUCCCCUAUAGCAGAACAAGGAACCUUAGAACAACUUGCAGCUGCUCAGGCAGGAAUGACGAUCGUUGAACCAACGAUCAACACCCUUCGAACCAGCUCAUCUUACAACGAUGGUGAUACUUUAGGUUCUGAUGAAUCUACUUUGAAGGCUUUAGAAAGACCUGGCUCGAUUCAGAGUAUCGCUCAAAGAAACGUCCGCCGAUCAGGAGGCCUGGGUCGAAUGAAGUCAAUCCGUGAGGUAGCGAGAGGGGCCCAUGAGGCCAAUAAGCGGUUUACGGCUCCAGUCCCAAAAGGUGGACCAUCAAGCGCAAUUCUCCGACGAAAGAGUACCAAGAUGUUUGGAGCCAACAUUGUUCAGAUCAAGCCCCAGCGCGGAAGCAUGAUCCUGCCGCAAAUUCCCCAAGACACAAUACCCAAACGACAGGCGACAUUCCGAUGGUUCAAGGGUCAACUGAUCGGCAAAGGUACUUAUGGACGUGUGUAUCUAGGUAUGAAUGCCACGACUGGUGAGUUCUUGGCCGUAAAGCAGGUCGAGGUCAGCGCAAAAGCUGCAGGGAACGACAAAGACAAGAUGCGCGAGAUGGUUGCUGCUCUCGACCAAGAAAUCGAUACCAUGCAGCAUCUUGACCACGAUAACAUAGUCCAAUAUCUUGGAUGUGAGCGGAAGGAAAUGUCGAUCAGUAUCUUCUUAGAGUAUAUUUCCGGUGGCAGUGUUGGAAGUUGUCUACGAAAGCAUGGCAAGUUUGAAGAGACGGUUGUGAGCUCUCUAACACGCCAGACUCUGGCGGGAUUGGCUUACCUUCAUCGAGAAGGUAUUCUACAUCGGGAUCUGAAGGCAGAUAACAUUUUACUAGAUCUCGACGGAACCUGCAAAAUUUCAGACUUUGGUAUUUCUAAAAAGACGGACAACAUUUACGGCAACGACGCCACAAAUUCAAUGCAAGGAUCUGUCUUCUGGAUGGCCCCUGAAGUUGUGCGAUCCCAACAAGGCUACUCUGCCAAGGUUGACAUCUGGUCUCUUGGAUGCGUCGUCUUAGAGAUGUUUGCUGGCCGGCGACCCUGGAGCAAGGAAGAAACUGUUGGAGCUAUCUAUAAGCUUGGAAGUCUGAAUGAAGCACCUCCUAUUCCGGACGAUGUCGCGCUAAACAUCAGCCCACUUGCUGUGGCCUUCAUGGCUGAUUGUUUCACUAUCGUCCCCUCUGAGCGCCCUACAGCGGACACACUUCUCUCACGUCAUCCUUUCUGCAAGCUUGAUCCUAAUUAUAACUUCCUUGAUACGGAUCUAUAUGCAAAAAUCCGUGGUGCUUACUAG